GUUUUCCCAAGGAAAGGAAAUCCAAAUGAUAGUGCUCGAAUUUCUUCGCUUUGGCUUGUUGGCCUCAAGGCUAUGAAUAAGAAAUUUCCUCCCAAUCCAAGGGAUAAUCAACCAGGAUUACGGCACGCGUUUCACUGAAACGGAAAAACAAAACCAAAUCCCAGAGAAAAAAAUUAAGCCAUUUGACAACCGAUACAUAUCAUCAAAACAAGUGAUAGUGAGUAAGUGUGUGUGUUUCGUUUUUUUGCUGCUGAGUAAGUAGCUGGAAGCAAUAUUGAAUCAGUGACUGAUGUGAAUUAAUUGUUUUUUUUUCUAUUGAAAAUAAUUCUUCAUAUUUCACUUUUUGUGCUUGGAAAAACAAAAUGCUUUGAUUAGUAUUUGAAGAAAUAAAUCGUGCAAAUGGUGUUAUAGUUAAUCGAAACGUGUUUAUUGUGGUGCUUUAAUACAUUCCAGUAGUCUGGUUUGCUCAACAUAAUACAUAUCAUUAGGAUUAAUUCUGCGGGAAGUAAUAAACAAAAAUAUCUCUUAUUGAGAUACAAAAAAAAAAUCAAAUCACUCUGGAUUAUAACGGACAUUUUCUCUGGAAGCAGAUCUGUGCUGUUGAAGGGUCUUCUCAAAGCCAAACCACGCAAAAACUCGUCAGAAAACAACAACAACCCAGUAAAUGCCAUCAGUUGAAAUGUCGAACAAACAAAUUCCCAGCCUAGGCGUUGCGUACUUGCGAGCCGACCAACUAACUAACUAACCAACUAACUAGUUAGCGGGUUUGGAAGGUGGGAACAUAAAAGGAAACAAAACACAAACACACGAAGAACCUUCAGUCGCCAGGAUUCGUGAUAGACCAAUUUCCUCAGCCCCGAAAGAACUUCCUCCACCCACUCACCUGAAAUCCAAGCGUCGUCGGAAUCCUGCUCGAAUACGCGAAAGUGUUGUCGUUGUCGUCGCCGUCGUCGUUGAUGUUAUGCGGUUUUGGAAGAAAGCAAUUUCGUGAACGGAAGUGAGCUUCAAUCCUAGAAGAAGUAGCUGAAGAACACACCGGGAAUAAUAACUGGAACAAUAACAGUCAACGAACCGGAAGAACGAGCCCUAGCAGAAAAAAAAACGAAACCAAAGAAAAUCCGGUGAAUUCCGGUCCGUAAGAAGACUUGAAAGACACGGGCAGACAGAAAUCUUCAUACAUAUCAUCAUCGCCAUCAUGCUCCUGACACUGCUGAGAUUCGUUUUCAUCGUUCUGAUAUUCGGAUCGAACAUUAAGACUGCAAUAGCUAUUUUAAACUGUAUAUUAGCGAGACAACUGUGUUUCGAGGAUCCAUCAUGUUCCGCCAUCCUAGAAAUCAUCCCCCGAGUUUGUGGUCCCGUACCAGUGGCGUGCAGCACGGUGACGGUGACCAAAUGUCAGGCCGCGCUCCGGACCCUGCAGGCGUUUCCGUUUUUUCGGCCGACCUGCCUGUGCAAGGAGCCGGGCAUCGAUCCGGACUGCAAUUACUUUCGGGACUUCCUGUUCGACCAUCCGUGCGGCUUCGUCUCCAAGAAAGAAAAAGAUCCCUAUCCGGUGGAUGCACUUCCGACGUGCAAUCACGCGCUUUCCGUUUGUCAGCAGGAGCGAAAGUGUAUAAAACUUUUUGAAGACUUUAAAACGCAUUGUAAGGUGCGGGAAAAUAAGUGCCGCAUGGAGGACAGGGAAUUGUGCUACGAAGCGUGGACUAAUCUCCGAUUAUCGCCGAUGUUCGGAUGUAUCUGUCCAAACAACCACAUGAAACGCAGAUGUGAUAAAAUAUUUAGCGUUGUAAACCAUAAUCCGUGCGUCGAUGUACUACCUUCCGCACUAGACAGUUUCUCUGGCACCGCCACCAAUUCCAUCUAUCCCAACUUCUAUCCGUCGGAUGUGAUCGAAGAUCCGCCCCCGACCAGCACCUAUCCCUACUUUCUGUUUCCCUCGAAAAAAUAUCCGGUAUCGGCCUUCGAGCCAACAAUCUUCAAUGGCGUGGACUACAUCAAUGUCCCGGCCAUCGUCCCUAGCACCAAUCACUCAACCACCCAGCACCAGCAUUCGCACCACCCACAACAUCCCUCUGCACCGCCACCCCCACCCUCAGCACCGGACGAUUCGUACGAUCGUCUUCGCACCGAUGGCACUGAAUUGCACCACACACAGCAGCACCAUCACUUUUCUUCCACUGAGCACCAACGCAAUUUUGACAACAGCUUCGGCACCAACUUUAGCAGUGGGCAUCACUACGGUUCCCAUCACAAUGGCCAGCAUGCCCCACCGAGAUCCGGCGGAACAGAACCGGAGGGCACCGGAAGCAGCGCCUCCUGGUGGGACGUUCUGGUGCCCCCUGAUCUGCAGCAGCGACUGGAACGCGUGCGAGCGAUGGGCAUGGACGAUAACUAUCAUCGGUUGUUGGAUCAAAACAUGGCCCUGAUUGAGACCCCGCUAGUGGCCCCGGCCCAUGCCUACUUCCCGCAGCACUUCAAGACGGCUCUGUAUCCGUACAACAUGUCCGGUUUCCACCAUCAGCACCAGCACGGAUUGCACGGGGGCCACUUCGGGACCCUGCCAGGGGGCAACGGAAACGGAAACGGAGGCCAUCACGGGCACAAUGGGGACCACGAAGCGGCGAACAAUGGGUAUCUGGCGGCUUCGGUUUCCUCCCCGGUUGACAACAUCCUGAUCAGUAUGAAUGGCGAUGGCAAUGGGGCCGAUGCAGCGAUCGAGUACGGUGGCAGUUACUACGACAACACGGUGGAAAGACAAAUUGGGUCCGAUGAUAUCGAGGAAAAGGAAGCCGAAAUGAGCUUUAUACAUUUUCAGAGUACUUGUCACCUGGCGCUGGACGCCUGCCGUGACGAUCACGUCUGCUCGUCGGCCCUCAAAACGGUGCUGAUGCACUGCGAGGUGCAUCGGUGCAACCGAAACGCAUGUAUGGAUUCGCUGCAGAGCUUCUACAAAGGCAUUCACGACGAUCUUAGCCUGGACAUCGCUUUCUGCCUGUGCAGGAAAACUCCCAACAGACAUGACAGCUGUAUGAUAGCGCAGGAGAAGCUUCAUCCGGCUUGUGCGCAGCGACCUCCGGAGAGUUUGAUACCGCAGAAUUCGAACGGAGCCGUUUCGACGUACAAUCCACCUCCGUCGUGUCACGCGGUCGCUGAGAUGUGCCGCGAGGACGUAGAUUGCCGGGCCAGGUUGGAAGUAUUCGAGCAGUCCUGUGCCGUGGAUAGUGUCACGAAGAAGUGUGCCGGAAAGACCAGCGGCUGUCGACAGGCCAUGUUGGGUAUUCUGGGAACUCCGCUACGUACCAAUUGCGCCUGUCAGGGAGCGGAUAUGCAGGGUCUGUACGAUUGUCUCGGGUGGCAGCGACUUCUGUGGUUGAACCCUUGUGUCGUUGAAUCACAGAAAGACUUCCACUUGAAACGAUUGGCCGAGCUGGGAUUGCUCACUACGACAACUACGCCUACAACGACAACUAUGCGAACAACGCGACCCACGCCACCUCCAACUCCACCACCUACAAAACCGAAGCCUAUCUACCGUCCAAAACCAACCGAAAUGCAACCGAUCGAGACCAACUACAUAGAGACGCCAGACACUCGUCCGGAAACGCUCGUCCACAAGGGCAAUGAACUGAUCAUAAGGCACGAUCUAGAUCCACCUGCUCCACCUCCACCGCCGGAAGUGUACGAACCAAGCGGGAAACAUCGCCACGGACGACCACUUCCGACGCACGAAGACAGCGAAGAUCGGGACGAUGAAGACGAUAUACCGGCUCCUUCAAAAUCCAAUGGCAGCAACAAGAUCCAUCAGCGACCCGACGAGCAGGUCCUGCACAUGUACACUACUUCGACAGAGGUUGAAACCCUACCGCCAACAACGACUACUACGACAACGCCGGAGCCAACUACGACACCGGUCCCGAUACGGUACUGCGUAGUUCAGAGAUCCCAUCAAUCCGAUCAGCUGAUAGCCGAAGGCAAAAGUCGACGGUUGUACAUGCUGGACGACGCCGAGUGCAGUGAGCUGUGCACCUGCGGAGGUGGUGACUCCCUAGCGCUCACCUGUCACGCACUGUGCGUUCCACUGGCACCCUGCCGGACAUCGCUAGCGUACUACAGCCACGCGGCACCGGCCUAUCAGGCUUUCCGGGGUCGGUGCCUGUGCUACUCCGGUCGAUUCAUCUGCAUGCGACCGCCUCCCGGAGAGUAUUCCUUGCCGGGUACGACGGGCAUCUUUCUGUUACUAGGUUAUAGUUCUACCGACGAAGCACUGUUAAGACCGCACACUAAUUUAGGAGUUCAGGACGCUGUCCGAGCAUUGCAGCAGUACGUGCUGCAGCACAUCAAUAAUGAGACCUCUUGUACAUUAACGUUGUUCAACAUCACCGAGGAAAACAUCAUCCUAUCGAUAAGGUUACCCCACGAUUCCAAACUCACCAGCAUGGAGCUGCUGAAGAUGGAAAAGGAUCAUUGCACAAAAAUCCUCGAAACCAUCUCGCACCAGAUCAACACCCAGCACGUCGAAAUGUCCGCCCACCGUUUGCUGAGCAUCUUUAAGAUGGCCGAGGUGCAGGUCGUCUUGCCGGAAGUGAGUAGCGGCUUCCGGUGGAGCAGCUCCCGAAGUUGGCAGCUGCUCGUAAGUCUGGCUCUGGCUUUCACACCCGUUGUCCGGUGGAAUCUGCAGCAUUUGCUCGGGCUUCUAAGCACGUGACAUUGAAUCGAUCCCACGGAACUACAUCGUCACCAUUUGUUAGAAUAAUCGUCAUUCUAAAACAACUAUCUUCAUCGGAAGAAAACCGAGGAAACCGAAGAAUAUCGUCCAAUCUCGAAAGAAAGAAAGAAUAAGAGAGAGAAAAACAACACGCGCUCCAAAUCGUUGAUCGCAUCCUGAAUACGCUUCGUUCUACGGCUUCAUUAUCGGGUGGAACUCACCUGCCUCAUCUAGGGAGAAGAAAGAAAUUGAAAUCCAAAGCAUUAUCAAACUUACCCAUAGGCAAACAUACACAAACAUUCCCAGGAUCAUCAUCGUUGUAAAUGAGGUUUGUAAAAAUAUCACACAGAUAGCAUAUAAAUUAAAGUAAGAAAAGAAAAAACAAACAAACAUAAACAACUAUUGACUAUAAUCGCUACAAUUGCUACUUUACUCGACAUGUUACGCCACUGUUACACUCUAUAGCCAUAUUGAUUUUUUUAAGGAGAAUAAUCGUACUGGAGAAAGAGGGAAAAAAAAGUUUAAAAUAAGAAGAUGAUUUCAAAGAAAUAUAGGAAAUUAAUUACAGAAAAAAAGGGAAAAGGUUACGUUUUUUAAUCUACGAAAAAGUAUGUGCAAGUGUUGAAGAAAUGUUCUGUAAAAAAAUUUAAACGGAUGAACUAUAGAUAUUUAAACAUUUCUAUUGAAAUUGAUGAUCGAUUUUGGCAACUGUGGACUUUCCUUGAAACUGAAAGUGUACAUCGAGGGAAAAAAUGCGUGAAUGGGUGUGGAAAGCUGAUUUACUGUAGGGAAAACAUUGACUGGUUUUUAUUUACAUUUUCGAAGUGGAAAAAAUAUCAUUGUGCAGUAGGAGAAAAAAAACCCAAACUCAAGCCAUAAAUUUCCGAGCAUCGCAUCGGAAGGGAAGGAAACAGAAUCGAAAUAUUGAACAUAAAACUGUACAUUGUAGCCCCGCAUCGUGUAAGAGUAGAGCAAAAAGAAAAAAAAAUCAUGGGGAAUGAAUAUUUAAUUUGUGUUCGUCGUUAGUUGUGUGGACUAGUUAGUUAGUGAGUAUCCCUUCACCUGAUGUGACAGAAAAAAAAUCCGAAAUACUACUAUUUUCCAUUUUUCACCAACUACAUAUCUUGAUAAAAAAAAGGGUAACGGAUUAAAUUGAAACUCAAAGAUUAAAAUUUUCUGUGUUUUUUAUGUUCGAGUUAAAAAAGGCAAAUUUAAAAAAAGUUGUAAACAAAUUCAAACUAAAUUUAUAUUAAAAACGAACCAUAUUCUUAUAUUCUUUGAUUUUUUUUAUAUUUCCUUUCUCAAAAAUUAGACUGACAAAUUUAUUUCGAUCGAACGUCACAAAAUAUUUUACUAUAGUUUGAAAAUAGGAACAAAAUUUAUCACUUUUUGUCAGUUGAUAUAUGUUGAAAUUCGUUGGAAGGAAAUGCGUACGAGAGUGAAAGUGCCGAAAACAGCUGGAUGAGUAAAUCGUUUGUAUUCUAGUAAAUUUAUUCCUCUGGUGUGUGUGACUGUUACGUGAGAUGGAAAUGAGAAAAAAAACAAGCAUUCGAUAAGAUCACAAUCGUAAAAAUAUGUCUUCCUGAAAACAAAAAAAUGUGUUUAUUCUAGAAAAUAUGUAAAAUCUAAUAUCCAUCUAAUGAAAACUUCGAAGCAAAGCAUGGCGAAUAAAUAAAAAAAGAGCGAAGAGAAAUCUAGUUUGUAUGUAAAAAAUAAAAUAAAAGAAAACAAAUUCAUAAACAAAAUAUCAAUAUCCAAACCUAGCUAUGGUAGGGUGGAUGGUGAAUAGGAUAAACAAUGAACUCACAAACACAGAAGGAAAAGAAAAACAAAAAAUGACUCACACACUCUCACGAACACAAACGUACGUUUACGGCUAGCUAAAAUUGUUGAAUUUGUUGGAUUGAGAAAGAAUGUUUCUAUUGAACCGUUUGUUUCCGAUGCUUGUGAAUAAAAUCUAUCAAUACUUACAGCCACAUUCUUACUUACAGAAAUAGAACCAAAAAAAUAACAACAAAACAACAGCAACAUGGACACAAACACAAAAUCACACAUUCACAGACAUUCAGAUGUUUAGCAGAUGGAGAAAAGAAAUCAAAUCACAUCACAUUUAAUCAGUAACCCUAGUAGAAAGAUACGCGAAGUCGUCUGUGUGAGCUGCAAAUAUGAUUAGGAAAAGGAAAAAGUGCGAUGUAAAUAGUUAUACACUAACACCCAGAUAGAUAUACUUAUUUGUUGAAUCGAAAUCGUCAAAUCGAUCGGAAACAGUUGGAACAUUUAAAGAGUGAUUUGCCCAAUUUGGAAUAUCGGAACUUUAGCAAAGUGUGUUUUUGUUCUCGGCUCUCGUUGAAAUAUCAGAAAGAUAGUUUAAAACACAUAUUUUAUAGACGAAUUUUGUUUAAAUUUAUAUCAAACUAGAGGAAACCAAAGCCGUCAAAUUAAAUAAGCUGCUAAAGAAAGAUAUUUGUUUUCGCAGUCAUAUAGCGCUACAACCCGAAACCCGGAGAGAAAUAUUUUAAGCCAGUCGACUGUUAGGGAAAAAAGGAACACACUCGUAUUCACACACUUCACAUAUACAUAUAACAGCAACACUGAUACAUAUCAAUAUACAAAGAAUAGUUCUAAUAAAGGCGAUUCGAACAGAAAACAGAAACAUAAAACCAUUAAAUCACACAGAUUUCAUACAAAUUGAAUUAUUUUUUGAAGAAGAAAAACAAAAAUGACAAGUGAUGAUAUAACACUCGUACACACACAUUUAAACACAUAUAAAUAAUUAUGUACUAAGUUUAUUGCGUUUAUCCUAACAACUAACGAAAUAGUUUUCUUUAUGACAAAUUAUUGCUUUUUCAACUAUUAUUCCUUUGAUAACUUCAUCCAUUUUGUAAGAAACUGUCAUGAAAUGAACUGUAAUAAAACAGGAACAAAUCAGCAUCGUUUUGUUUUUGGCUUUGUUUUUUUUUUUGGAAAUUGUCUCGAACCUACCUACUGGUUUAUCUAAUUUUCCCCUUUUUCUCAAAUUAGAAAGAAAGUUUUCUAACAUGUUGUUGAAACUUACGGUUCGUUCGGAUCCUCCAAUCUAAAAAUGGCUUCUUUCGGCAGAACCAAAACAAUGUUUGUUUUGGUUUUCCACAUGCAUGUCCUUUCUCUUCUUUAGAAAUAACCCGAAGGUUCUGUCCAAAAUUAGGAGAAAAUUUUGCUGCAUCCCACUUGUACUAAUGCAAAACCAUCAUCCGAAUUCGGCAGUGCUUCCAUCGCCUAUUAGGAUAUAUUGAAAGUUGUUUACAAACACUAUCUUACCGAAUGGCCUCAGCCCUACUUACUUACUUAACUUACUUAAUGAUCCCGCGCCGAUCCUCCGGUGCAUAGGGUAAAAGACCUCCACUGUUGACGAUCCGGAGCCAGUGUCUUCACCUGGUCCCAGUCAAGAUUCUCGUCGACAGUUCGGAUUUCAGCGGAUAGGCCUCGCCGCCACGAGUUUCUGGGUCUGCCUCUUCUUCGAUGAACUUCUGGAUUCCAAUCUAGCGCCUCUCUGCAAAUCUCGUUUUCAUCUUUCCGCAGCGUGUGCCCAACCCAUCUCCACUUACGUUAACGAAUCUCGAUUUCUAGCGCCCUUUGAUGACAUCGGCGAUGUAGUUCCUCAUUCGAGCAGCGGCAGCGGUUUACAAAUACUUGCAGUUUUCGCGUCGUUACCGCAUAUGUGCACCAAGUUUCGCACCCGUACAGCUAUACGGAUUUGACGUUUGAGUUGAAGAUUCGGAUUUUCGUUCGUAGAGAGAUCUGGCGUGACCGCCAGAUGUUUCGGAGGCUCUCAAAUGCAAAUCGGGCCUUUCUGAUCCGGGUUUCGAUGUCUUUCCUGGUACCACCAUCAGGCGUUAUCUGGCUACCAAGAUACUGGAAGCACUCCACUUUCUCAACUUGUUGCCCAGCUACCAUGAAACUGGAGGGAUUUCCUGUGUUGAUCUCCAUCGACUUGGUCUUUCCAACAUUGACUUUGAGACCUGCUGCCUUGGAACUUUCGGUGAGGUCGUCGGUUGUUAUGGAAUCCGAAAGAAAUGACCGGCCUCAGCCCUAACCAGCCAUCAAUAUCAUCGACCGUAUAUUCCCUUAGAACCAUGGUAACUGCAGUUCACUCGUGUUGGAAGAAAGUGGUAGAUAUUUUGACUCUGGUAGCACAUUUUGAUUUUUUAACAAUGCAAAACAGUUUUCAAGAUCUGCUGCCGUCAAAUUUCUUUACAACACUGUUUCUAUUUCUGGCGUAUCUGAUAUAAAUCCAACUAUACUUGCAUCACAGCAUGCGAAAAUAGACAUAGUGUUGUAAAGAAAAUUGACGGCCGCAGAUCUUGAAAAUGUUUUUACAUGGCAAAGUUUUCAAAACUUGGUACAAGUGUCAAAAUUUCUACCACUUUUUCCCUACAUCAGUGAACUUGCUCUUAUAGGAUGGUGAUAAUUAUGACAGUACAAAUGGCAACAGUGUUACCAUAAGUUAAGUGGAAGUAUCAGUGGAAGUAUACGUAAAGAAAUUAUUGAACAUUAUUGAACACUUAUGAUACUUUCUGACAGUAUGCGUUAAGUAUCAGUUAGGGAAACUGAGCUCAAACUUGGAAUGGCAAAAUUUAUUCACUGUUGAGAGUAUUGUUUUCACUUAAACGGAAACAGAUCAAUCAUGGUGGUUAAUGUGAAAAAAGUGGUCCGAAAAGGUAAAAACACGCGAUAAAAGAUACACGUAAAAAUAAUUUUAUUCAAACUUGUUUUAAAAUCAUAGGGAUUACAAGUUACCCAUUGUGAAACAAACUCAGUAGUAUUAAUACCGAUUGUGUGAAAGCAGUUCUUCUUCAAUUUGUUUGGUUUUUCCCCGGCUCGUUUUGAACUGGAUUGGAUUGGAUUUGGAUUUUGUUUAUUUAUAGAGGAUUUUAACCAUCUUGGUCCUUCUUCUUUUUUGAAAAAGAAGGUAACGUAGUUAUUUUUAAAUUUAAAUCUUAUUGAAUAUCUUAUCCAGGUAAUAAUAUCUUGGGCUGGUACUUCACUUGAGAUUCUCGGACCACUUCCAAGGUUGCCGAAAUAACAGAAAAAUCUGUAAUUUCACAGAAUUUUGAGCAAAUUUUCAUCACAGAAUCUGUGUCGCAGAACACAGAAUUUUGAAAAAUUCAUUUCACAGGAUUUUUGAAUUUUGAAUCGAUUUCCAAAAUUAUGAUUUUUUAGCCAAUACAAAAUUUUGAUUUUUUACCUUAAAUCAAAAAUGUAUGAUGGGAUAUGUAAUUUUAAUUGAUUUUGUCAAACUUAAAUGAAAAAGAGACCCAAUUUAUCAUGAAUUUUCUAUGAAAACAAAGGAAAAAGCAUCACAGUAAACCAUCACAGAAUUUUUGGGUAAAAUCACAGAAAUUCAGAAUUUUUUUUCUCAAAAACAAAGAAUUUUUUUUGGCAACCUUGACCACUUCUUCCUCUUGCUGUAAGUUCAUCAGCUUUUUGAUUUCCUUAGAUGCCAACAUGAUCACGGAUCCAGCAUAGUGUGGCUUUAAGAUUUUUCAAUCCUUCCUCUAUUGCUUGAACCCAUGGAUGCGAAGACUUACCGGAUUCCACAACAGCCAAAACACUGGCAGAGUCUGGAAAAAUUACUGUACGAUAUCUCGAUUUGUUUUGCUAUAUUUUUCAAAGAGAAAUGAAUCCAACUGUGUUAGUUGAAAUAUCAGGGACUAGAUGAAAUGAAAAUUGAAGUUGAAAAAUAUGCGAAAAAAAUUCUCCCGGUAGGACUUGAACCCGCAUCUUGCGCCUCUCCAGAGGGGCCCAUGUAUUAACGUUCUACUACAGGAGACAACCUGGCGUAUGAAAGUUCUACUGGUCGAGAGUCGAAGUCUAUCGGAAUGAAGGGAAUUGUUCUCCCAUGUGAUCCACAUCAUUUUCGUGAUCUAUUUCUAUUCCCAUCAUUUCAUCUUACGGUGGUUGGACUUAAUUUUGGACAUUUUAAGCACGGCAAGAUUUGCAUUGCCUUCUCAUAUACUGCACGGGUUGUCAGUUAUGAUGAGAAAUGAUGCGUUUGCCGUAUUUGGGUAUCCAGCCAAGUUCGGUGUUUGACAUCGCCUUAGUUCUAUUUUUAAACUGCGACCCAUUGAUGGGUCUUGACUCAAACAUUUAGUCAGCGAAACUUUUUUGAAGAGAAAUGAAACCAACUGUGUUAGUUAAAAUUGGGACUAGAUAGGAUGAAAAUUGAUGUGUAAAAACAUGCAAAAAAUGCGAAUAAAAAACAUCGAUUUCAAUCUCAUCUAGUCCCUGAAAUUUCAACUUCAUUCAUUUCUUUUAAAAAAAAGUUUCGCUGACUGAAUAUUUGAGUCAAGAUCCAUCUAUGAGUCGCAGUUUAAAAAUAGCUAUAUUUUUCAGGGUAUGAGGGAUCGCCAUAGCUUCAGCAGAAAAGAUCGUACAUUUUUCGGACAGUUGAUCACAUAACUCUCGGUUUCCGCGUAAAAUGCCAAAUCCUGCCUUAUUGAAAAUUCGAAUAACGUUUCUCAACAUGAUGUUUAAAUAACUGGAUUGCCUUUUGAUAACUUUCUCCUACCUAUAGCUUUUUAAUCGACCAGAAUUUUCCGUGUUCCAUGCUCGACUGCUAACCAUAGUAGAGCGAGCAAGGAUAGGUACAGUUUUUCCAGUAAGUAUUUCGAAUUCCUCUUUCACGCUUAGAACUUCAAUCUGAUUAUUUUAAUGAUGAAUUACGCUCUCGAGGCCAAAAGCCAUAACUUGAUGUUGCGAUUUUCUAGAUUACUAAAAUUGUUCAUACUAUCAAGUAUUUUCCUUCAAACUCCGAGAUGAGAAGUUUCGAUUAUGGAAAAUGUAACUAGUUAAGUUUGAAAAGCAGACCAAGAUUCGAAACAUGAUUUUGUGUCAAUGAUGAAAAACUUAAAUUCAAGAACAAUAAACUGGAUACAGAAUCCGAAAUCUGAUCAAAGACAUCGAAUUUUAAUGUAAGUAAACAGCGCUAAAACCACAAAAUCUGGAGUACUUCUUAUCUAAGCUUUUCAGAUAUUUUUCGGCGAGUAUCUGGGCUGUGCAAAUUCUGACUCUUUUCCUAAUUUUCCACCAAUAUCAAAAUUGUUCAAUCAUAAUUUUGUAAAAAAAUAAAUUGGAAGAUUGUUUUGUAUGUGACCCUAGUCUGGAUUGGCCGAUCAAUAUCUAUAGCAAGCCUGCAAAAAUUUCCGCUUUAGUUGGGAGCUAUUAGCUGAUUUUGUGGGUUUUGGAUAACCUCUCCGGUUUAUUCGGAAAUCUAUCCACCUAAUAAUCCUCUUGCUUCUGGAAGUGCUUUUGGAUGUAAAAUUGCUAGAGGUGUUGACGACUUGGUAGCGAGGCCUGUCAAGGUUGGCGAAACUACAGAGAAAUCUAUAGGUUAACAGAACUUGAGAAUCUGUGUUACAGAACACAGAAUAUUGAAAACAUUGUUCGUAUUCCCAAAUUUAAAAUUUUAUGUCUACAAAAAUUUUGGAUUUCUUAUUAUGGUCUGAAUGAAUGUGGUAUGGUCUGAAUGAAUGUGGUAGGGAUGGUAAUGCCAAUUUUUUUCAAGUAAAAUGUAAAAAAGACUCAAUUUUUUAUCAUUUUUUCACGAAAUUUGUACUGUUUCACAGUAUUUGGAUAAAAUUACAAAAAGUCAGAAUUUUUUUUUCUCAAAAACACAGAUUUUUUUCGGCAACCUUGUUUGGUAGAACGCUUUCGGUCAAAAACUUGUCGAAAAUUUGCCAUUGUGUAUACUCCUAAUGCUGACUAAUUUGUGGCCCAACGUCUUGCGCACGUUUAGGCAGUCGUUCUGCUCGGAAAAGUCAUUGAUAGCGACCAAUCAGUUGAGUGAACCUGCGUGUUUCUGCUUCCUGAGGACCAGAACUCCAAGCAUUGUCGAUACCAUCCUUUAAAAAGUUAGCCCAUUUUUGAAGCCUAAUAACUUUUUUAUCUUAACUCUAAUCGAUAUGCAAUCUUCAGAUGAAAUAUUUUUCAUAAUUUAGGCUUCCGUUUUUGAAAGAAAUCGGCCGACGGGAACCUAAGUUAUUGAUGAAAAACUGGUUUUUCAUGUUUCUCCCGAACAAAAUGUAUCAAAAUCCCAUACAAACUUCAGGCUCGUUGAGCGACCCCUUCCCGUGAUCCGAUCUGGCCCAAAUGUGGCAUGAGAUCUUGUACUAGGCCUAGGAUCAAUUUUAGCCUGCAGCGCAUAACUUUUUCAAAAGUCGGGUGAUUUGGGGCACUCUAAUGGUCAAUCAAUGCUGCCAACCAGAAAUGCCAUGAUUUUGCCUGAUUUUUGCGUAUGUGAUGAAAAAUGAGUAGUAAGGAACUGGAUUUUUUUAUCGUUGCUGAAGUGAAAAAGUGAAAUUGUGGCUGAAUCAAAGCAAUCGAAAGAUUCCAUUUAAUUCUUAUUUAAAAAAGAAAUUGCUUUGAUUCAGUUGAAUUAUUCAACAAAGUAGCCUCACAACACAUAGAGUGAAAAUGUGAAGCAAUGAUAAAAAAAAGCACCACUUUGAGCGAAAUUUUCGUGACUUUAACGUAGCCUGAUUUUUUAUUGCACCAGUUCUCUGAUUUUUUUUAAAUAUGUUGGCAACCCUGCUGCCAACUUUUCACGCGUCUUCGUGUUAUUUUCAACUGUCGGCUGUUUACAAUCUGAGCGAAGCCCACUCCAAAUGAAUGCAGUUUUCUUCGUCGUAUCUUGAUUCAGUGUUUUGCUUUUCUAGGCCCUCGAUUCUUUUUUUUUUUUGUAGGAAUGCGUUGGAUAAGCGAGAUUCUCAUCUUGAUUGUGACAAAUUUCCAUAGAUGUCUCAUUUCUUUUUCUUAAAAUCGUCCUAAAAUGACAUCGUUGAUCUCAAGCAUUUUGGAAUAAAACGAAUCACGUACACAUCAUUCACAGAAAAUUCGGUAACAAUUUCACAUCACUUUAUUUAACUUUCCGAAGCUGAAAAAAUACCUUUUUCCUAGUGGUUCGAAACAAAUUCCCAGAUGAAAGUGCUUCAUCUCAAGUGGCAUCCUUCGAGACCGGAAUUCCGAAACACAAACUACCCCGAGGAAUUAGUGAAACCAGUAACAAGGUGCAGUCAAAAAUUUCCGGUGAACUCAAACAACAAAAAAGCGAUCUGGACUCAUCCCCCAAAAACUAUGCAACAAAACACACUCACAGACACCAAAAGAAAAAAAAAACGAAACAGAAACAGAAACAAAAACAAAACUUCACCUGUACACGCUCACACAUACACACUCAGCCAAACACAAUCUUCGAUUUCAAAACAAAAGAGUUUGAAAGAGUAAAAAGAAUGGGAAAAAAUUGCUACAGAGACGGAAACUCCCGGUUUGAACAUGUUACUAAAAAAAAAAAGUUGGGAUGGGUAAUGGAGGCAAGCAGAAAAAAGUUCGUCCGGCGAAAAAGGAUUACCGGAAGUCGAGGGAAAAAAAGGAAUGGAAACCAAAAUAUAUAUACAAUAGAUAUACAUACACCUACAAUUACAUGUACGAACUUAGGAAAACAAGAAAAACAAAAAAGUGAAGGAAAAAAAAUUAUGCGGAAGGAAUACAUAGAGUCAGUGUUGAGAGCGACGAGCAGCAGCGAGAUGCAAGUUUGAGACUUUUUCCGGGAAAUAGGGCGAAAUUCGACUGUCUGUGAGCGAGUGAGUAGAAUAAGUAAAAUGGGCAAAACAACAACAAACUUCUAAAGGAAUAAGUAAAUUAUAAGUAAAACGAAUGCCGAGAUUCGAAAAUAAAUGAGGAACGAGAAACGAAGAACGAGUGCAGCUGAGAGGAAAAUAAAGAUGAGAGAAAAAAAACCGUCUAAAACUAGCUGUGGCAAA